GUUUCGUCUCUUUCAGAAAACCCCACAAAACCUCACAAUGACGUCUGGUGGACAGUCUGUUGGUCUGCGCCAUUGGCGAUUGGUUCUGUCUCUGAUGGUCCCGUUUGUAUUUCUCUGUGACGCCAGAUCAGAUGCUGUUUGGAGAAACACGACCAAAGGAAGUAGUAAAUGGAACUUCGAUAACGUUCAGCCGAAAUUUAUAAGGUACACAGAACCCGUAACCUUACGAGUUGCAGCCGAUGAAUGGCAACCCCACAUCAAGGUCACCGAGGACAAGAACGGGAACAUCCAACUCUUCGGCCCUAUGGCGGAGUUGCUGGAGUCGCUGUCGUACGCGCUGAAUUUUAGCUACACUCUCACCCGACCACCAGAUGGCGCGUGGGGAGCCCCUGACGAGAACGGCAACUUCAACGGAAUGCUCGGAAUGAUUCAGAGAAAUGAAAUCGACCUAGCUCUUGGUCCAUUCGGCAUGACCGAGGGUCGGGCCCGCGUCGCGGCCUUUUCACGCCCGGUCGUCAUCGACCCUCUUCGCAUCACUGUGAGAAGAGGCAAACCCAAGAUAGGAAUCUGGAAUAUCUUGAAGCCCCUGGAUUGGCAGGUCUGGGUGGGAACCGUCCUCGCAGUCCUGUUCGUUGGAGCAGCCCUGGGUCUCUUCAUCACAACGCCUUGGACUCGAAAUACAGGGUCCUCUGGAAGCCUCCUACGUCAAGCCUUGUACCAACUCUGGGACCAAAUUGCAACGUUUCUUGGUCAGGGUAUGUCCUACAUACCUCCAAUAGACAGUUCCCGAGUGGUCGUGCUCAUGUGGCUCUUGGCGGCGUUUGUCAUCACGAGGAGUUACCAAGGGGCCCUGACGUCGCUCCUAGCUGUCAGAGAAAUCCCCAUCAAAAUCGACUCGAUCGAGGAUUUCCUAAAAGCCAAGGAGUACCGCAUGAUCUACGAAACGUCCACCGCUUUCACUGCUUACCUGAAAAAAUCCCAGACCGGAAUCUUCAGAAAGCUGCACGAGGCGAAUCUUGCUGGACGAGGAGAAUUCAUCAACAUGAACAAAAUGCCGGAGGCUUUGGACAAGCAAGUGAGGACUCGUGACUUUGCCAUCUUGGCCGAAGACCUGACGAUCAAAAUGCUUCUCUCAGAAGACUUCAGUCGAACAGGUGAAUGUGGCUUUCACAUAUCAAGGGAACGCUUUUUCCCGCUUAUUCUCUGCGUUGCGGGGAAUCCAAGAUUACCUAUAAUGCGGGGCAUUAAUUACAGAAUACAAAAAAUAGUCGAGCACGACCUCUACGGACAGACAUUGAGAAGGAACGCGAACAACGGAACGUCUUGUCUUCAGCCCAUUUCUACCAUUACCGUUAACGAAGCGUAUGAUAUGGCGUCCCUGAAGGGGCUCUUCUAUCUCCUCUGCGCAGGAUUCGGGGUCUCUCUGGCAGCCUUCGUCGUUGAGGUCAUACUCGCGUGUGGUGUUAAGGCAGUCUGAAGACGGAAAGGGAGGCCAGUCUGGAGAAAAAUGUGACGGACGAACGAUGAUGAAGACAUUCGAGCUCGGAAGAACCAUUUCAUACGUAAUCCAUAAAACUGUGAGGUCAGACGAUGAUUUAUUUUUUUCUUCUUUUUUUUUCUUCUUCUGAUCAGAGAAAGUUCUUGUUGUUAAAUAUACUCGUUAGAAUAAACAUGUAUCAAUAAGACAGUCAGAAUACGGUUAUAGAUUGCAACUUGCUUUGAUCUAUGGUCGACUUUAGAUUGUUAAUGAAGAAUAAAUAUGAGAGAGUAAAUUAGAUUACCAGAGAUUAAUUCAUCCAUAUUGAUGC